AUGGAGUCCGCUUUGCUAUGCUGUCGCUGGGACAUGCAAGUCUUGGGAGGCAGUCCGUUGCUGGUGGCAGCCCUUUUGGAGGCUCGUGCCAACCCAAACGACCGCCUCAAGAGGGUUGAGGGACAGCUCCUGCCAAGCAUCAGUGGCAUGACGGUGCUUCAGGCUUGUGUUUACCUUCACCACAACGAAGCGAUGAAAGUUUUGUUGGUCUUCAAGGCUGACGCUGAUGCGACAGACACAAAUGGGGCGGCUUCCAUGCACUGGGCGGCAUCCUCCAAUAACUCAGAGGCAGUUCGAAUCUUGAUGGAGGCCGGGUGCAGCCCGAUGCGUCCCGUUCGGACCGGACACGUGCCACUCGAGAUCGCUGCUGCCACAAACAGCUUUGACGUCCUCCGUGAGCUUAUUCCGAUUGCACCCAGGGAGGUCAUUGCCAAAAGCUUGCCUGCGGUCUUCUUCUUCGGAGGAGGAUCUGCGGAUGCUGUGUCCAUGCUCAUUGAGGCGCAGGCGGAUGUGAAUCUGCAGAUGUCUGUGCCAAAGCGCAGCCUUUUUGGGCUGAUCCUCAGCUUUUUCAGCAUUCGGCACCGUUGGUCGAAGUCAACCCUGAGCGCCUUUGCUUACCACCACUGUGGCGCGACGCCGCUGAUGCUAAGCCUCAUCACUUCCUCAUUCGAGGCUGCAGCAGUUCUGCUAGCUGCUGGCGUCCGAGAAGAUGUGGAGACCUGGGGAUCAGACUCAAACGUAGGGCAGAGAAGAUGGUGCAAUGCUUUUAUGAUGCGCCAAAAAGGAUCCAAAAAGCUCAAAAGUGGCUAUGUCUCAGCAACUGGAUUCUGUUGGCAAAGAACCCCCAGCAACAGGUUCCCAAAAAAGAGCCCCGCGCUUCAAUGA